ACCUGCUCAAUGACAGGUGGUGUGUUCCCCAGCUGCCCUGUCACUCUCAGCAGCACACGCUGCUCUGGACGCCGGUGCUCUGAGCGCAGCCAUGAGUGCUCCAGUGUGCUGCAUGCCCCCUCCCCCCGUGCGGGGUCUCCCCCAACUAGGGAUACUCAGUCCUGUACUCUGGGUGGAGGUUGUGUGUCCCCUUGCCCUGGUGCUCUGACGUGGUCUGUGUGUUUGGGUUUCAGGCGGGCGCACACCCUGACCGUGCUCUUCAUCCUGACCUGCGUGCUUGGCUACGUGACUCUGCUGGAAGAGACCCCUCAGGACACGGCCUACAACACCAAGAGAGGUAUUGUGGCCAGUAUUUUGGUUUUCUUAUGUUUUGGAGUCACACAAGCUAAAGACGGGCCAUUUUCCAGACCUCAUCCAGCCUACUGGAGGUUUUGGCUGUGCGUCAGCGUGGUCUACGAGCUGUUCCUCAUCUUCAUACUCUUCCAGACUGUCCAGGAUGGCCGCCAGUUUCUGAAGUAUGUUGACCCCAGGCUGGGGGUCCCGCUGCCAGAGAGGGACUACGGGGGGAACUGCCUCAUCUAUGACCCAGACAACGAGACGGACCCCUUCCACAACGUCUGGGACAAGCUUGAUGGCUUCGUGCCUGCGCACUUUAUUGGCUGGUACCUGAAGACCCUGAUGAUCCGAGACUGGUGGACGUGCACGAUCGUGAGCGUGAUGUUCGAGUUCCUGGAGUACAGUCUGGAGCACCAGCUGCCCAACUUCAGCGAGUGCUGGUGGGACCACUGGAUCAUGGACGUGCUGGUCUGCAACGGGCUGGGCAUCUACUGCGGCAUGAAGACCCUUGAGUGGCUGUCUCUGAAGACGUAUAAGUGGCAGGGCCUCUGGAACAUUCCAACCUACAAGGGCAAGAUGAAGCGGAUCGCCUUCCAGUUCACGCCCUACAGCUGGGUCCGCUUCGAGUGGAAGCCCGCCUCCAGCCUGCGCCGCUGGCUGGCCGUGUGCGGCAUUAUCCUGGUGUUUUUGUUGGCAGAACUGAACACAUUCUACCUGAAGUUCGUGCUGUGGCUGCCCCCGGAGCACUACCUGGUCCUGCUGCGGCUGGUGUUCUUUGUGAACGUGGGCGGUGUAGCCAUGCGUGAGAUCUACGACUUCAUGGACGACCCGAAGCCUCACAAGAAGCUGGGCCAGCAGGCCUGGCUGGUGGCCGCUAUCACUGCCACGGAGUUGCUCAUCGUGGUCAAGUACGACCCGCACACGCUCACGCUAUCCCUGCCCUUCUACAUCGCCCAGUGCUGGACGCUCGGCUCCGUGCUUGUGCUCACCUGGACUGUCUGGCGUUUCUUCCUGCGGGACAUCACCCUGCGGUACAAGGAGACCCGGCGGCAGAAGCAGCAGAGCAACAGUGACCAGGGAGACACUGCCGACAAUAUGGACAGGCACCCACCUGGGCCGGACACCCCCUCGGGGCCUGUGGAGGCCGAGAGGGAGAGGGCACCGGCUCUGAACUGACCUGUCCCUCACGACUGCCCAGGACACAGGCCUCGUCCCUUCCUCCUCUGAUUCCUGCCAGGAACCUCUGACAGGCCUCUCUUUCCUCCAACACUCAGCGACGCUCUAGAGGGGGCGUGGAGGAGGCGCCCUCCAGCAGGGCUGUGUGUGUGCGUGGGGGGGGAUGCAUGUGGCGUGUGUGUGUCGUGUGUGUGGCAUGUGUGCGUGUACACUUCUGUGCUCUGUGUUCCUGGCUCUGGAGGGUUCUCAGGCUGGCAGAUGUGGCUGGGGGUCACCCUGGGGCAGUGGUCCCCGUUCUGUUGGUCAGUCCACAGGCCUCUAGGCCACACGGAGCCCUAGUGCCCAGACGGCCUGGCCCUUAUCUCCUCUGGCCCCCAGUCCAACCCUGGCCCAACAUGUUACUGACAAGGGUCCACCAACUCCCGAGAUGGCCAAGACGGGUGUAUCCGAAUUGCAGCCCUGAGCCGUUUCCUCGGGAACCUUCCUCCAACCCAGCUAACCCAGAGGGCAUGAGGGGGGCGCGGGCAGGUCUUCAGGGAGGCAUUGGGUGAGACACUCCAAGGCCCUGUGCCCAUGGUUGGAAGGAGGGGUCCUGGGGUCUCUGGCCCCAAGUUGAUGGUCAUCUCCGUGAGCAAACAGAACAAAUAAAUCGGCAAUGGUCUGAA